AUGAAUACUCCGGUUGACUCUCAAAAAACUGAUCAUCAGUUAGAAGAGGGAGCAAGAACUAUUUCAUCGUCACCAAUGACGGAAACUCCUGUCGUAGUUAUUCUAACACCUGAAUUAAAUGAUCCAAUGUUUGCUGAAUUUUGGCAAUUUUCUUUUGAUCAAUUGGCAUCGAAAUUUAAAGAGUUUGGUGUUCGUGCGAUUGCAGCACCAUGGAUGACAACACCUCUAUCAUCUGAUACUUCUCAAUCUUUCAUAUACAUCGCUAAUCUUGCAUGGGGAUAUCAUUACUAUCCAGAUCGAUGGAAUUCAUGGCUUCGUAAUUGGCCAAAAGAAAUCAAAUUAUUUAAUUCUCCAUCACUUCUUUUAUGGAAUACUCGUAAAACAUAUUUACAAGAUUUAAAGAACGCUGGUAUUCCAAUUAUUCCAACAUUAUAUGUCGAACAUAUCGAUGAAAAAAUUCUAAUGGAUACUGCAGCAUAUUUCAAUACAUCUGAUUUAAUGGUUAAACCACAAAUAUCUACUUGUAGUUUCAAUACAAUACGUGUUCUAGUAGGCAGUAAUGACUUCGCUCGUGCACCAAAAUCUUUAAGUACUUCUGAUGCUAUCGCUGAAUUGAUUCGUUUAGAUGCAAUUGAUUCUAUGAUGAUGAUACAACCAUUUAUGUCAAGUGUCGUUCAAGAAGGUGAAAUGUCUGUAUUUGUUUUCAAUGGAAAAGUGAGUCAUGCUGUUAGAAGUAAUACUCAACCUGAUGAUUAUCGUGUACAAUUCGAACAUGGUGGAGUAACUACCGCAUUAAAAGAAAUUUCAACAGAAAUGUUAGAAUUAGUUCAUGCUGCUAUUGCCGCUUGUCCCGAGAUUCCUGUCUAUGCACGUAUUGAUAUCAUUCGUAAUACAAGAACAGGACAUUUAUGUAUUAUCGAAGUAGAACUUAUCGAACCGAAUCUUUUCUUGGAACAUGCAUCGGAUGGAGGUACAGCUUUUGUACGCGCUAUCUUACAAGCUUGCAGUCACAACUCACAUAGCGAAGAUAAUUCGAAGUAA